AUGGCGCCGAAACGCAGGCCCGUCAACGUCGUGCGGUCGGGCAACGCUGGCAAUUCUUCGAAACCCACCAAACCGGAUGCCAAGGACGGCAAGGGCGGCAAAGAUGGCAAAGACGGCGCGCCAGAGGCUCCUCCCAGACCCCCACCCCUCUUUCCUGUCGGGUACAAGAGCCCCGUGACGCAGCUGAACGAAAAGUGUCAAAAGGCCGGUUGGGAGCGGCCCAGUAUCGAGACAAAAGCCAACCCGAGGUCCAACCCGCAGACAUUCUCGGGCACGGUGGUCAUGCGCAAGCGCGUGAGCAAGAAUGUGUAUGAUCUCGACACGGUGCGCAUGACGCCUCACCCGCCGCUCGAGGUCGAGGGCGAGAUGAUGGCAAAGCACAUGCUGGCCACCUAUGCCAUGUUCCGGUUCUGCAACCACCUCCCCAUGGCGCUCACCCUCCCGCCCACCAUCAGGCCGUACUGGACCACGUUGCUCGCCGAGAAGGCGGCCGCUGCGGACCACCAGGACUGGCAGUGGGCCGCGGACCCGUUUGCGGCCAAGCACGAGGUGGAGGCGCGGCAGAAGAAGCGUGUGGACAAGGAGGCGGCAGUGGCGAAUGGCGGUGGUGGAAGCGGUGGUGGCGGAGACAGUGCGCGUGGGUCGGGCCGCUCGACGCCGGCUGGUAAAGGUGGUCACGACGGUAGCAGCGGAGGCAAGCACUGGGAGGAGGCGCCCGAGGUGCGCAUGGCGCCUGCUUUGCGCGAGAUGAUCGAGGGGACUGUGAAGAAAAUGAUGAAGAGGUUUCCCUCGGCGGUGGUGGACGCUACACGCGAGAUGGGUGCCGGCUCGUCGGGAGCCACUCCAGCUGGCACGCCAGGCGCGAGCGGUGCAGCUACUCCAGCACUGGACAUUGCACCGCUCCAAGCACAGCUCACGACCCUCGGUUUCCGCCCUACACACAUUACGUCCUGCCUGUCCGCCCUGUCUGCGGCCAACGCUCGCCUGCACUCGGGCGGUAACACGAACAAGGACCCGCUCGUGCUCAGUCUGAGUAUCCUCAGUCCUCUGGAAGCGGCCAUCGAGUGGCUUCUGCUGCAUUUGCCAGAGGAUGACCUCCCGCCUCGCUACAGGCCGAGCUCGAGUGCCGCCGACAUGAUCACAGGUGCGAGUGUGGCCAAGGGCGGCAAGUCGGCCCUUGUCCGCGGAUGGCUCGUCGACAAGCUCGUGCGCAAGGCUGGCUUCCCGCGUAAAGUCGUGGAGACGACCGUCAAGGACGAGGACCGUCAGAGUCUGGCGCUGGAAAUCCUCGGCCGGCGGUUGUGUGGAUGGCAUGGCGAGGCCGACGGCGGCUGGGGUGGCGCCGAGGUGAUGCCCUUCCCGGAUGACGCCGAUAGCGAGAGGGAAGAGCGCGACAUGAUGCGCGAGGAGGAGAUGCUCGCCCUCGAAGCAGUAUUGGACGACCGGUUUGUGCGCGAGGAGAACGAGGACGGCAUUGAGCUGGCCGUCACGAUGGAGUAUGGCACCGACAAGCUGGUCCUCAAUGUCACCUUUGACAAGUUUUCACCCUACCCAUCGGCGCAGUAUCCGACCCGCCCGCCCGCCUUCUUCCUCACCUCGGACACGCUGCCGUCCUACAUGCGUCUGCACCUGCACCAGCAAAUGUUGGCGGCGUUCCGUGACCCCGCGAGGCACGACCUCACCUCCGUGCUCGAGGCGGGAACCGGUGGUGCCGUGCUGAGCAUGGUCGAGCACCUCGAGGGUGCUCUGCCUGCGGUCAUCGAGGCACCUCCUGACAUUGCCGACGUUACGCGCCACCUCGUCCCCCGCGUGGACUCUGACGACGAUGACGAGCCCGUUGCAGUGGCAGCCAAGAAGGUUCAGAAGACUCGUCGCAAUGGACCUCGCCGCGCGCCUACAAAGGAAGAACACGCCGCUGUCGCUGCUGCCCAGGCGCGUCUGUUCGCCAACCCGGACUAUGCUCCCAUGCUGGCCGACCGCGCCAAGCUCCCGGCGUGGAAGUCGCGCGACGCAAUUUGUUCCGCCCUCGAUUCCAACCGCGUACUCGUCGUCGUGGGUGAGACUGGUUGUGGUAAGAGUACCCAGCUGCCCCAGUUCCUCCUCGACCACGAGAUUGCCCACGGACGCGGAGCGAGCACGAACAUUAUUGUCACUCAACCCCGUCGUGUCGCUGCCAUGGGUGUCGCUGCUCGUGUGGCACAGGAACGUCUCGAGGAUGUCGACAAGAGGCCCGAGUCGGUCGGUUACGCCAUUCGUGGCGAGCGCGCCGCCGGUCCCGAGACCAAGGUCCUCUUCUGCACCACGGGUAUCGUUCUCCGCCGCCUGGGUACAGGCGACGCAGACCUUUCUGGGGUCUCGCACGUCGUUGUCGACGAGGCGCACGAGCGUGGUGUCGACACUGACCUGCUCAUCUGUCUCCUCCGUGACCUUCUUGAGCGUAACAAGACCAUCAAGGUUGUUCUCAUGUCUGCUACGAUCAAUGAACAAAUCUUCAUCGACUACUUUGGCGGCUGCCCGUCGCUCACGAUCCCCGGAUUCACGCACCCUGUCGAGGACCACUACCUCGAGGACGUUAUCCCGCACAUCAGCUACCAGCCGUCGCCGUCGCGCUUUGGCCCCAAGAUGAACGAGGAGCAGAAGACAGCCAUGCGCAAAGACUAUGAAAAGCUCGGUCUGGCGCCCAACGACUUGCGGUCGCUCGAGAUUCUCUCCCAGUCGGACCGUAUCGACUAUGGGCUUGUCGCUGCCACUGUCAAGCAUAUCUGCAAGACUGCUCCCUCGAACAGCGGUGCCAUCCUCAUCUUCAUGCCUGGUGUCAUGGAGAUUAGGCAGUGUGUUGCCGAGCUCCAAGGCGCCGACCUGGGUCUCGUCGAGGUCUUGCCCCUGCAUGCCAACCUGUCCAGCGCGGAACAGCGCCGCGUCUUCAUUCCCACUGCCCCCCGACGCAAGAUUGUCGUGGCCACCAACGUUGCCGAGACGUCCGUCACUAUCCCCGAUGUCGUGUACGUGGUCGACUCUGGCCGUGUCAAGGAGACGCAAUACGACGCCGAAAACGGCAUGCAGCGCCUGGUCGAGGCAUGGACGUCACGCGCGUCGGGCCGCCAGCGUCGUGGUCGUGCGGGCCGUACCCAGCCCGGCCAGUGCUACAAGCUCUACUCGAAACGUACCGAGAACAACUCGAUGCCGCGGUUCCCCGUUCCCGAGAUUCUUCGCACGCCGCUCGAGGCCCUGUUCCUGCAAGUCAAGGCCAUGAACGAGGAGACGGACGUCAAGGCGUUCCUGUCGCGCGCGAUCGACCCGCCCAAGAUGAACGCCAUCGACACGGCUUGGCAGACGCUGCUGGACCUCGGCGCGGUCGAGAGCGAAAAGCACACGUCAAAGCUCACGGCCAUGGGCCGGCACAUGUCCUUGCUGCCCGUGGACCUGCGUCUUGCCAAGAUGCUUGUCCUGGCUACGAUAUUCAAGUGUCUCGACCCCAUCCUCACCGUCGCGGCCCUCCUGUCCUCGAAACCCCUCUUCACGGCGCCCAUGGACAGGAGGGACGAGGCGCGCAAGGCGCGUGAAUCGUUCGCCACGGCCCGUUCGGACCUGCUUACAGACGCCAAGGCGUUCGCCGCCGUUGCGGGCUUGAGGCGCGGCGAGCAGCGGUCCUUUUGCGAGCGCAACUUUGUCUCGCCCUCGACGGUGCGGGACAUUACCUCUCUGCGCGGCGACUUUCUCUCUGCGCUCUCGCAGAUUGGCUUUGUCGGGUCGUCGUCGGCCGCCCUGGCCGCGGCGUCUGUCAAUGCCAACAUGGACAACUUGGUCAAGGCCAUCAUCGUCGGCGGUCUGUAUCCGCGCGUGGCGCGCAUCGCGCUCCCCGAGGCGCAGUACGAGCGCAUCCACGCCGGCGCGAUCCAGAAGGACCACGAGGCCAAGCAGGUGAAAUUCUUCGACUCGGCAGGCCGCGUGUUCCUCCACCCGUCCUCGAUCCUGUUCGACGAAGCCGGCUGGAAGAAGGGCUACCUCGCGUACUUUUCAAAGGCCGAGACGUCCAAGGUGUUCCUGCGCGACGCGACCGAUGUGCCCCUGUACGCGCUGCUGCUGUUCGGCGGCGCCAUCACCGUCAACCACUGGGCCGGCGGCCUCAUGCUCGGUAAAGACGGCAACGUCAAGCUGCGCGCCGCGACGCGUAUUGGCGUGCUGUGCGCCCAGCUCCGGCGCCUGCUCGAUGCCCAGCUCGCUGAAAAGGUCGAGAGCCCGCACGGCGCCGCGGAUAUCCGCGACGACGUCACGGGUGCCAUGAUGGCCCUGCUCGCGCGUGAUGGCCUCAACGCGUAA